AUGAACUUUGCAAGGGCCACUUUUCCAGCAUUUUCGACCACACCCACGGAAAACGCGGGAAUACGAUGGGAAAAGUGGAUAAAACGUCUAGAUAACUUUAUUGUGUCAGAAAAUAUUACUAUAGAUGCACAAAAGAAAGCCCUCUUGCUACACCUAGCAGGGGAGGAGGUAUUUGAGUUAAGUGAGACAAUAGGAGUUGUAGAUGAUGAUGACUUUACUGACACAAAGCAAAAACUUACGCAGCAUUUUCUACCGAGAAGGAAUGUGGAAUAUGAAGUUUAUGUAUUUCGACAGGCAACACAGCUGCCGUCUGAAACAUUAGACGCAUUUUGUGCCAGACUGAAAACUUUGUCCAAGCAUUGUGAGUUCCAGAAUGCAACAAGAGAAAUUAAAAGCCAGAUUAUUCAGAAGUGUUCUGAGCCGAAGGUUAGAGAAAAAGGGAUUAGAGACUCCGAAUUGACUCUGGAAAAUUUGUUACAAUAUGGCAGAACAUUAGAGGCUACCAGGUCUCAGAGCAAGAUUAUGUCUGGAGAGUGCCAGGAACAUGAACAGGAAAUUAAUAUGCUUAGGAAACACCCAAAACAGGACCCUGUCAAACAAACACCAAGUCACCAACAACAGCAGACAAAAAUAUCACAACACAGUAGCAGCUGUCCAGGAUGUGGUGGACCUAGACACAAUAACAGGAGCCAGCAGUGUCCAGCCUGGGGUAAACAGUGUCGCCACUGCAACAAGGAUAAUCAUUUUAGCAGGGUAUGUAGAGCACGGUUACUCACCAAUAACUAUGUACAGUCAGAUUGCACACCACAAGCCCAAGCUAAUCCUCAGCUAGAGACACUCCCUCAUCAACCGCAGGCCACACCUGUUCCUGAGACCCCAAUCUACCAGUUUUUAUACUCAACAAACAAUACCAAACCUAGCACACCACCCUAUACUUGCAAGUUUGUCAUCGGAGACUCGCCAUCAGAGCUACAGAUUGACACCGGUGCUUCAGUAACUAUCCUUAGUUCAAGUAAUGCUCAGACUAUGACCAUCAACGGUGUUCCACUCUUGAAUAAAAUGCAGAAGGAUAACGCUACCAAUUUAGUGACCUAUUCAGGCGGCAUCAUCAAACCAUUGGGCCAAGUCACAGUACCUGUCUGCUAUGAAGGGAAUACAUACAGCCUGCCCUGCUAUGUGGUACAAGGAUCCGGUCCCAAUCUGUUGGGACGUGAUUGGAUACAAGCUAUUGCCCCGCAGUGGUCACCUAUAUUCAUGGUGUCCACAGAAGACUACACCACAAAAUUCCCACAACUAUUCAAUGAUGGACUUGGGAAGUUAAAUAACAUGGAUGCCAAAUUACAUGUUGAUGAAAACGCUAUUCCUGUAUACUGUAGGCCACGUCCAGUUCCACUGGCUAUGAAAGGCAAGGUGGAGGCAGAGCUUGAACGCCUUGUGGCUGAUGGAGUUUUACGUCCAGUACAACACUCUGACUGGGCCGCACCCAUUGUUCCCGUCUUGAAACCCAAUGGAGAGAUUCGCAUUUGUGGUGAUUAUAAGCUGACUAUUAACACAGCAUCCAGAGUGGAACGAUAUCCAAUUCCCAGUAUUGACGACUUGUAUGCCAGUCUAUCUGGAGGUCAGUACUACUCAAAACUUGACCUGAGUCAUGCCUACCAGCAAAUUUGCCUUCACCCGGACUCUCAGCUGUUGACUACCAUUAACACUACCAAAGGGCUCUUCGCCUACACCCGACUUUGUUAUGGGAUUGCGUCAGCCCCGGGCAUAUUUCAGCGAUUAAUGGAACAGGUUGUGCAGAACAUCCCUAUGGUUUCAGUCUAUCUUGAUGAUAUCUUAGUCUCUGGAAGAAGCUACGAGGAGGCCCAUACCAACCUCAUUACUGUUCUCCAACGUUUGCAGGAAGCUGGCCUACGGCUGCGCAAGGAGAAAUGCACAUUCAUGCAACGCUCUGUAGUCUACUUAGGACACAGACUUGAUUCAGAGGGCAUACAUCCAACGGAUGACAAGCUUUUGGCCAUUCAGAAGGCCCCAACCCCCACAACAGUAGCAGAACUACGCAGCUAUUUGGGACUGCUCAACUACUACCACCGUUUCUUGAAGAAUCUGAGCACCGUUCUAGCCCCGCUCCACGAGCUUCUUCAUGAAAAGGCUAAAUGGCAUUGGAAGGCAGAACAAGAAAGAGCAUUCCAGGAGUCAAAGAAAUUAUUACAGUCUUCACAGGUGUUAGUUUACUAUAACCCUGAGUUACCCCUUCUACUCAGCUGCGAUGCUUCACCUUACGGAGUAGGAGCGGUAUUGUCACACCGCAUGCCAGAUGGUAGUGAUAAACCAAUCGCCUUCACAUCGCGCACCUUGACUUCCGCAGAGAAAAAUUAUGCGCACUUGGAAAGAGAAGGACUUGCAAUCAUACAUGGACUGACAAAAUUCCAUAAGUAUCUAUAUGGAAGGGACUUCUGUAUUCAAACUGACCACAAACCACUUUUAGGUCUACUGAAAGAAGACAAGCCGAUAUCACACAUGGCCAGUGCGCGCAUCCAACGAUGGUCGUUGAUUUUGGGAAAUUAUCAGUACCAUUUAGAGUACAGAAGUGGCUCUUCAAACUCCAAUGCUGACGCAUUAAGCCGACUACCUCUGAUUUCAGCACAGCCUACAAGCACUACACCAGAGGAAAAUCAACAGGUCUUUGCUUUUCUCGACAAUGAAACCCUAGUCACCAGUGACAUGAUCCGUCAGUGGACUAGUCGUGACCCAAUUCUGUCACAGGUAUGUCGAUAUGUACAGGAUGGAUGGCCAGAGAAAUUGGAUCAACACUAUGAUGCUUAUGUCAGACGGAGACAUGAGCUAAGUGUGGAACAAGGCAUUCUAAUGUGGGGCUUACGAGUUGUGGUUCCACCCCAGGGACGUGAAUUUCUGCUCAAUGAGUUACAUGAGUCACAUCCUGGCAUUGUACGGAUGAAAGGAUUGGCACGAAGUUACGUUUGGUGGCCCAAUAUUGAUACGGAAGUGGAGAGAAAAGUAAGAGACUGUGACAGUUGUCAAGUUAAUAGCCAACUACCACCAUCAGCACCACUCCAACCUUGGGAGUGGCCUGGACGCCCAUGGCACAGAAUUCACAUUGAUUACAUGGGUCCUUUUGAAGGACGCAUGAUAUUAGUUAUUGUCGAUGCACACAGCAAGUUUGUGGAUGCACAUGUGGUGCAUUCUGCGACCACCUCAGUAACACUGACUAAGCUUAGGCAAACUUUUGCCAUGAUGGGAAUUCCCAACACCAUUGUAUCUGACAAUGGAACAUGUUUCACUAGUGAGGAGUUCACUCAAUUCUGCAAAUGCAAUGGCAUUCAACACAUAACAAGUUCACCGUACCACCCAGCUAGUAAUGGUUUAGCUGAACGAGCUGUUCAAACCAUUAAAAAUGGACUUAAGAAAGCAGACAGUGUGGGAAACCUUGAGGAUAGACUGUACAGACUGUUGCUUAUGUACCGAGUUACCCCUCAAACUACAACAGGGCAAGCACCAGCAGAUCUUGUUAUGAAGCAUAAACCUAGAACAAGGCUGGAUUUAGUUAAGCCAGAUGUCAACUUACACAACAAAGUAGUACAGAAACAAGAUUAUGACAAAGUACGUCAUGACAUGAAGGCCAUUCACACCACUUUCUACCCAGGUGACACUGUGUGGGCUGUAAAUUUCCAAGGAAAGCCUAAAUGGUUACCCGGAGUACUUCAAGAACGUUUAGGCCCGCUAACCUUCACAGUACGUUUGCAAGAUGGGCGACUUUGGAGGAGACACCAGGAUCACCUAAAAGCAAGGAGUCCAGAGGAAGGUCAUUCAAACGAUAGAGGCAAGUGUGAGUUGACAGUGGAAAUGCCUCCUAUGACAAGUCCUACAAAUAACUCAGUACCAGAGAUUAGAGUUCCAGAGACUGUGGUACCUGAACCCACCCCUGUAGAAGAGAGGGAACCCCAAGAAAUAACUGUAAAUUCUGAUACUGUUGUUUUGAGACGUUCAAACAGGAUAUCUAAGCCACCAGACAGGCUGAAUUUGUGA